AUGACUACUACCGAUGAAUGUUCUGGUUCUACUGCUGACAUUAACAAGCCUUUUCGUUUUGAGGGUUUGCAUUUUAAACGUUUGAGACAAAAGAUGUUUUUUCUGACCAUGAAAAAAGUUGCGUAUGUGCUUACUGUUUUGAAACCAGUUGUUUGUGAGACUCCACCUCCUGCCGAGAAGAAGGAUGAAGUCGAAAAGUACGAAUCGCAGGUUAAGGAAAUGGACUCUUGGGUAGAGAAUGAUUUUCUAUGUAAGAAUUUUAUUUUGAAUGGUUUGUCUGAUGAUUUGUAUGAUUAUUAUAAUUCUGACAAAUCUGCCAAGGAGAUAUGGGAAGCAUUACAGAAAAAAUAUGACACCGAGGAGGCGGGAACAAAGAAAUACGCUGUGAGCCGCUACCUGAAGUUUCAAAUGACCGAUGAUAAAUCAAUCGAAGCCCAGUCUCACGAGCUUCAGAAAAUAGCUCACGAAAUUUUGUCUGAAGGUAUGACUAUUGAUGAACAAUUUCAAGUUGAUGUUAUGAUUGAUAAAUUACCCCCUUCGUGGAAAGAUUUUAAAAAUACUCUCAGGCAUAAAACAAAAGAGUUUUCGUUGGAAAGUCUGAUCACUCGUCUUCGAAUUGAGGAGGAAGCUAGAAAACAAGACCAAAAGGAAGAGGUGCUUGUUGUUGGAAACAACAACAACACUAAUAAAAGAUCCACUGCUGUUCUGAAACCCAAUGGGAAAAACUUUAAGAAUUAG